AUGGAGGGCACGGGGGGGCCGUAUCUGAACACGGCCGCCGUGACCUCCCCCGUGGGGAUAGCUCGCUUGCUGCAGAUGACGUUCGGCUGCACCACGUUCAGCCUGGUAGCCCACCAGGGGGGAUUCAGUGCCGCGUACGGCACGUUCUGCAUGUUCGUCUGGACCUUCUGUUUUGCCAUCACCGUCUUCAUCCUCGCCUGCGAGUUCACGCACCUGCACCGCUGCCUGAGCAUCUCCUGGGGCAACUUCACCGCCGCCUUCGCCAUGCUGGCCGCGCUCAUGUCGUGCUUCGUGGUGACCGUGGUGGUCGUGGCCUUCAGCGUCACAGGUAAGACCGCCUUGCUGUGCUUCCCCUUCGAGCGCGCCGUGGUCGUCUACACCUUCGGGGCCGUGCUGCUCUACGUGAGCGCGGCGUCGUCUGGCCCGGUCGUCUGGCCGGUGUUCUGCUUCGACGGCAAGUACGGCUCCCCGCGGCGCCCCGGCCUCUGCGCCAAGGGCAAGUGCCCCUGGGACAGCCAGCUGGUGAUCGCCGUCUUCACCUACGUGAACCUGCUGUUCUACGUCCUGGACCUGGCGUACUCGCAGCGCAUCCGCUUCGUCCCGCACCUCUGA